AAAAACGCUAAAUUUGGUUUUCUUUGAAUUUGGAUACAACAAGAAGAAACAAUCCAGUGUACAAAACCAAAGAGGAAAACCACCAAAGAACUGAAGCUAGCUGAAUCUCUGCUUGAAACACGUAUAGAUUGAAGGCUUCUUUUGUUAAUCGUUGACAGAUUUGGAUACCAGCAUCGCCUUAUCUUCCAUUCUAAUCCAUCCAUUCGAACGCGCGUUUGUGGUUGGUGGCUAUCUCGAUUGAUAUUUCUAUUGUUGUUUUCCCAUUCAUUCAUUCCCACUAGUUCUCUGAAGGCUCUAAUUUCUAGUCUGCUGUGAAAUUGUGCAAAGUCUUUCCACUAUGAGCAUCCGUAGACCGUCGAUGGCUGAGAGACGUUCGUCUAUGACGCAGGAAGGCUCGUUGAGGCCCCCGGUGGUUCCCCAUUUGGCAGGUUUGGAGAAACCGCUGCCGGAAACCGUUCCAGAGGCGUGCGACGUUGUUAUCGCUGGUACCGGGUUGACUGAAUCGAUACUGGCGGCGGCUUUGGCGUGGCAGGGCUCGUCUGUUUUACACAUCGAUGCAAAUGACUAUUAUGGCGACACCACGGCUACGUUGACUAUCGAUCAGCUGAAGACAUGGGUGGAGAGGGUCAACAAGGGAGAAAUAAAGGGCUACCAAGAUGCCGUCUUGUACAUUCCAAGAGGUAACGAGUUCAAAUCUAAAGACUUUGGUAUAGAUUUGACCCCGAAGGUGCUGUUCUGUAAGAGUGACUUGUUAUCAUUGCUCGUUACUGCAAGGGUUUACAAAUAUUUGGAGUUCUUACCUCUGAGUUCGUUCCAUUUCUUUGAGAAUGACAAUUUCGAAAAAAUGACAAGCACCAAGCAGGACAUCUUUACCAAUCAGACUUUGUCUUUGGCAACAAAGAGAUCGCUGAUGAAGUUCAUCAAGUUCUCGUUGGAUUGGGAAAGCCAUCCUGAUGUUUGGAGUCCAUAUAAAGAUGCGUCUAUUGAGACCUUCUUACAGGAACAAUUCAAGUUGGAAAAGGCUCAGAUCUUUGAGUUAAUCUUUUCCAUCGGUCUAUGUAACAAUAACGAAACACACACACCAGAGGCAUUGGCUAGAAUAAAGAGAUAUUUGAUCAGUUACGACGUUUAUGGCAAUUUUCCUGUGAUGUAUUCGAAGUAUGGUGGAGCAGGUGAAAUCUCACAGGGAUUUUGCCGUAGCGCUGCUGUUGCUGGUGCAACUUACAAGUUGAACACCAAGUUGGUGUCAUUUGACCCAAAGACCAAAAUUGCACAGUUAUCAGAUAACUCAUGUGUCAAGAUUAACGAACAGAUUAUAAUAUCUCCAUCACAGGCUCCAACGGAUUCCAAAUUCCUGUCCAAACAAAACUAUGAAAUUCAAAGACUCACUGUUAUUGUGAAGAAAGACUGUACGCAAUGGUUUCAUGAUAAUGAAUCCGCAGCAGUUGUUGUCUUCCCAUCGGGCUCUUUGGAAUCCAAUAACAAACAAGCGGUUCAAGCCAUCAUAAUGGGAGAAGGCAGUGGAAUAACAGCAAAGGGCACCUGUGUUUGGUACAUGAGUACCAUUGAGACGGGCAAAAGAGGUCGUGAUGAUUUGGAGGCUGCGUUAAAAGCCAUGGAGGGGUCUAUUCUCAGAGAGAGUUCCGAUUUGGAUACGCAGGACUAUUUCGACAACGCUAACGGCAUGUUGAACUCUGUUAAGUUGGGGCAAUCCUUCAAAGACUUUGUUCCAAAGGAGAAAAUCCAAUACAUUUUGAAGUUUUACUAUAUUCAAUUUACUUCAAUACCGCACGCUGGUGUUGUGAAUCCGAAUCUCUAUAGGAAGAACUCUGUUCACGUUGAAGAUGACGUUGAUGCUCCAGAUAGAGGUGUUAUUUACUCGUCUUUGCCCUCAAGUGAAAUAUCAUACGACGGUAUCGUUACAGCUUCGAAAAUCCUCUACGAGAAGGUUGUGGGGUCUGAUGAUGACUUCUUCGACGUUGAUUUCGAAGACGAUGACGACGAAGGUUCUAUAGCCAACAACUUGGAGUCUGCCAUUGCAGAGGAUGACGAUGAUGACGAACACAUAGUUGAGCCUGGUGCUGCACCUGUGGAGUUUGCUGAAGAUAUGGAGUUAUAAUAGCUGUACUGAAUACCCUUAUAAAUACUACUACUACUACUACUACUACUACUACUACUACUACUAC